AUGGCUACGCACGAGCAUCUUACUAGAGUUGAACAACCGCGCAGAUCGCUGCCCCGGCCUGGAAGUGGCCAGUGCCAGAACGAGGAGGAGUACCGCCGCCUUUACGAGCAGAGCAUCAAUGAUCCUGAAACAUUCUACAGAGAGCAAGCCUUGGCUUUGCUUGACUGGAAGCGCCCCUUUGAGAAGACCUUCUCGGGCGACUUUGAGGGCUUUGGCGACUCUCUCCGAUGGUUCCUGAAUGGUGAGCUCAAUGCUUGCUACAAUGCUGUCGACCGACAUGCCAACAAGCACCCCAACGAUGUUGCGCUCAUCUUUGAGUCAGAUACGCCUGGUCAAGGUUACAAGGUCACUUAUGAGGAGCUGUUGACCAAUGUCUGUCAAGCCGCUCUGUUACUCAAGUCUCUUGGUGUCGAGAAGGGAGACGUCGUUACCCUCUAUUUGCCUACCAUUCCCCAAACUAUCUACAUCAUGUUGGCGCUUGUCCGCCUGGGUGCGUUACAUUCGAGUGUCUUUGCUGGCUUCUCUCCUAGCGCUUUGCGCGACCGCAUCAACGAUGCAAGCUCCAAGCUGGUCAUUACCACCGACCAGGCUAAGCGUGCAGGUAAGAUUAUCCCCACCAAAGAGCUUGUCGACAAGGCCCUGGGCGAAUGCCCCACGGUUACACAGGUCCUGGUUGUAGAGCGCACUGGCGAGGGAGCAAACUACGUCGAAGGCCGCGACAUCAACUACAACCAAGAGGUUGUGAAAUUUGGCAACUACUGCCCCUGCACCUCCGUCGACUCUGAAGACCCCAUGUUCUUACUUUAUACUUCCGGUUCCACCGGUAAGCCCAAGGGCCUGCAGCACGCUACAGGCGGCUAUUUAUUUGGUACCAUUCUCUGCUCGAAGCACGUGUUUGGUGUGACCCGCGGAGAUGUAUUCUUCUGCGUUGCCGAUGUCGGUUGGAUUACUGGUCACUCUCAUGUCGUGUAUGGUCCCUUGCUGAACGGUGCCACCACGGUCAUUUUCGAGACCACCCCCGUCUAUCCUAACCACAUGCGGUUGUGGGAUAUUGUAGACACUCACAAAGUCACUCAGCUGUACACUGCCCCCACUGCUAUUCGUCUGCUGCGCAAGUUUGGUGAGGCGGAUAUCAAAAAGUACGAUCUGAGCUCUUUACGGGCUCUUGGGUCUGUUGGUGAGCCAAUUGCCAAAGAUGUCUGGGAGUGGUUCUACGAAAAUGUCGGCCGUUCCCAGUGUGCUCUUUGUGAUACGUACUGGCUGACUGAAUCCGGCAUGAUCUUGUUGACCACUUUGGCGGGUGUUUCCCCCAUGAAGCCCAGCGGUGCUGGUUUGCCAUUCUUUGGUAUCAAGCCUGUUCUGCUAGAUCCGUCUGGAAACGAGAUUGUCGAGCGUCCUGCCGAGGGUAUCCUUGCCGUGCGCAACCCCUGGCCCUCGCUGGGUCGCACAAUCCGUGGUGACCACCAGCGAUACCGCGAGACCUAUCUCAAGCCGUUCCCCGGUUACUUCUUUACCGGCGACGGUGCAACUAUCGAUGCGGACGGGUACGUCUUUAUUGGCGGUCGUGUUGAUGAUGUUGUCAAUGUAAGUGGUCACCGUUUGGCGACGGCUGAAGUGGAGAGUGCGCUGAUUGACGGUCGCAUAGACAACAAGUCGAUUCUGUCUGACGCUGCCGUGGUUGGUGUCGAGGAUCCCCUUACUGGCCAGGCCCUGAUUGCGUUUGUCUGCUUGGAAAGCUGGGCUCUCAAUGACAAGGACCACACUACACAGACACUUACUGACCACUGCAAUGCAUGUGUGCGCGAUGAGAUCGGUAAGUUCGCCGUGCCGAAGAAGGUGUUUAUCGUGCAGGAUCUGCCCAAAACGCGGUCCGGCAAGAUCAUGCGUCGUGUUUUGCGCAAGAUUGUCGCUGGCAAAAACGACGAGCUUGGUGAGCUUUCCACUCUUAGCAACCCGCAGAUUAUUGACCAUCUGAUUAGCGUUGUCCAGGGCCCCAAGGCUCGUCUUUGA